AUGGGUUUCAUGCUCAAGGCCCCACCGGGCACGCCUGGUUCGGCUGCUCCUGCCAUCAUGAUUGGUCUGUUCGUCGCCUUUGGCGGUGUUCUCUUCGGGUACGAUACCGGUACCAUUGGUGGUAUUCUUGGAAUGGCGCACUGGAGAGAGCUCUUCUCUACUGGUUACCGCAACAAAGUGGACGGCCUGCCCGAUAUCACGUCCGAGCAAAAGUCCCUCAUUGUCUCCAUCCUGUCCGCUGGCACCUUUUUCGGUGCUCUUACCGCUGCCCCGACCGCCGAUAUCCUCGGUCGCGUUCUCGGUCUCGUUGCUUCCAAUGUUGUCUUCUGCGUUGGUGUCAUUCUCCAAACCAUUGCUACCGACAUUCCCCUUUUCGUUGCCGGUCGCUUCUUCGCCGGUUACGGAGUCGGUAUGAUCUCUGCGACCAUUCCUCUUUACCAGUCCGAGACAUCCCCUAAGUGGAUCCGUGGUGCUAUCGUUGGUUGCUACCAGUUCGCCAUCACAAUCGGUCUCUUGAUUGCUGCCAUUGUCGACAACGCCACCAAGGACCGCAACGACACUGGCUCCUACCGUAUUCCCAUCGCUGUGCAGUUCGCCUGGGCUAUCAUCAUGUUUGUCGGCUGUAUCUUCAUCCCUGAGACUCCUCGCUGGUAUAUCAAGAAGGGCCGCCCAGAGAAGGCCGCCAAGUCUCUCUCCAAGCUUCGCAAGCUUGACCUCGAGCACCCUGCCCUUGUCGAGGAGCUUGCCGAGAUUACCGCCAACCACGAGUACGAGUUGACUCUCGGCAAGGCCACCUACCUCGACUGCUUCAAGGGCAACCUUGGUAAGCGUCUCGCGACUGGUUGCCUUCUCCAGGCUCUCCAGCAGCUCACGGGUAUCAACUUCAUCUUCUACUACGGCACUUCGUUCUUCCAAAACACUGGUAUCAGCAACCCCUUCGUCAUCACUAUGAUCACCUCCUGCAUCAACGUCGUUUCCACCAUCCCUGGUCUUUGGCUCGUCGAGAAGUGGGGUCGCCGCCGUCUCUUGCUCUUUGGAGCCAUCGGUAUGGCUGUCUGCCAGUUCAUCGUCGCCAUCGCCGGUACCGUCGUUGGCACAGACAACCUCCCCGUUCAGCGUCUCUUGAUCGCCUUUGUGUGCAUCUACAUUUUCUUCUUCGCCUGCUCGUGGGGUCCCGUCGCGUGGGUCGUUACCGGCGAGAUCUUCCCGCUCAAGGUUCGCGCCAAGUCGCUCUCGAUGACGACUGCGACCAACUGGCUGCUCAACUUCGGCAUCGGCUACGCCACACCCUACAUGGUCGACUCGGGCCCCGGCAACGCCAACAUGGGCGCCAAGGUCUUCUUCGUCUGGGGCGGCUGCUGCUUCAUCUGUAUCUUCUUCGUCUGGGCCAUGAUCUACGAGACAAAGGGUCUCUCCCUCGAGCAGGUCGACGAGCUCUACGGCAAGGUCUCCAAGGCGUGGCAGUCUCCCGGCUUCGUUCCCUCCGUAUCCUUCCAAGAUGUUCAGGACGCCACCGUCGACAACCGCCGCAUGAGCUUGACCGAUGCCGAGGCCCACGCCACGCGCAAGCGCUCCGCUCAAUAUACUGAGUACAACGAGAAGAAUGUUUGA